AUGUCCGCCGCCAGCAUCCCUCCUCCUUCCGCCGACCAGGACUACAAGUCUACCCUGCUGCCGUUGCUGAUCUCGAAUAACGUCCUCUCUUUCGGCACCUACGUCCUGAAGUCCGGUCGCGAAUCUCCCUACUUCUUCACCUCCUCACUCCUGCACACUGCGCCCCUCCUACGCGCCACUUCUGCCGCUUACGCCAGCGUUCUCUCUGCGGAGCCCUUCGUCACCACCGCUGCCGACGGCACCACCAAGCCUAACUUCGAUAUCAUCUUCGGCCCUGCCUAUAAGGGAAUCCCGAUCUGUGCGGCGGUUACUAACGAGCUUGCUGUCCGCGACUCGCUCUCUGGCUCCCCUAAGGGUACUUGGGAUAAUGUGAGCUACUCCUUCAACCGUAAGGAAGCCAAGGCCCACGGCGAGGGUGGAAACAUUGUCGGUGCUCCGCUGAAGGGCAAGCGCAUUGUCAUUGUUGACGAUGUCAUCACUGCUGGUACUGCUCUGCGGGAGGCUGUCGGCAUCAUUGAGAAGGAGGGCGGUAUUGUCGCCGGUGUCGUGGUCCUGCUGGACCGCGAGGAACGAGUCAGCGACUCCGAGCCUAAGAGCGCUAUCGGAGUUGCCCAGCGGGACCUUGGCGGCAACAUCCCCAUCCGGUCGGUCAUUGGCCUGCACGACUUGAUCGAGAAGCUGGGCGACAAGAUUGGAGCCGCCGAGAUCCAGCGGCUGAAGGACUACCGUGCCCGCUAUGGUGCGGAGUAA